AACUGGUACAUAAGCAAGGUCCCUCCCCGCCGAUCGGUGAUUGAAGGAGCGGCGAGGGAGAGGCAGGAGGGAGGUCAAGUCGGCCACAGUCCAGUCUAGUUCUCCCUUCACUCUUUCUCGUUUUUAGCAGCCCAGCGGUCGUUGUUUUUCUUUUUCUCCCCGGGCGCUGACUAUCAUCUGAUCUCGGCACCCCAAGCGGCCAAUGGAUAUGAAAGCGGAGGCGCAGCGAGUCAUGGCCGUGGCGUUGGGCAAAAUGUACAGCUCUCGCCUGCAAAGAGGCGGCGCACGGCUCCACCGGAGCCUGCUCUUGUCGCUGGUUCUCCGGGGAGCUCAGGACGUAUACCUCGGUCUCCGGGCCGCCCGGGAGCUGGGGCAAGAGGAGCCCGCAGCCUCGGGGAUGGAGGUGGUGGAGGAGAGUGAAGCGGCGGCGACAGUGGGGAGAGAGGAGGAGGAGGAGGCGGAAAGUCCAGCGCAAGGCGUCGAGUUAAUGGACUGUUCGGCACAACCUGUCUCUCCUGUGGAAAGUCGAGCUCAAUGUAUCGAGUCUCCACAAUGUAUCCAGGCGGCUGAAUGUAUCGACUCUCCACAAUGUAUCCAAGCGGCUGAAUAUAUUGACUCUCCACAAUGUAUCCAAGCGGCUGAAUGUAUCGAGUCCCCACAAUGUAUCCAAGCGUCUGAAUGUAACGAGUCCCCACAAUGUAUCCAGUCGCAGGGUGAAGUUUCACAACAAUGUAUCCAGUCAGCAGAGUGUGGACAAGCCGAUGUACCUGAACGAUGCAGGGACCCGGCCAACCAGCAACUUGUUCCCCGGGCUGACCGGGGCAAGAAGCGACGGAAAGGCAGCCCGGAGCCCGAGGGAUUACCGAGCAAGCGGCCCAGGCUGGAGGAGGCGGAGGCGGCGGCGGUAGAGGAAGGAGAGUCGGGCCCGCCAGCCCACGUCCAAGCCGCCAGCCUUGGGUCGGCCCUCCAGCUGAAAGUGAAAGAGAAAGAGCAGCCUGUGUCGCAGGGACAGAUCUGGAGGGACAGGGUCCUGAGCGAGUUGGCCUUGUGGGUCCGGCCCAUCGUGGCUUAUUGAAGGUGUCGAGGGAAGCCCGCGGUGGCUGCUGGGAAACUGACAUGGAGAUGACGAACUGACAAAGGGGACUCGCCCUGCCCUGACGGCGGCGGCACACGGCCCGGGAGCCCUGGACAGCCAAGCCUACUGCUUGCAGGCUCAACCCGAACACAAAGCCUGCCUCGGAGAGUCUAGUGCGGGGAUUUGGAGCCCGGAAGAGCGACCAGACCAAUUAGUAUCAAGUUGCACAACACAGCCCAAACCAGCGGCAGGGUUGUCUCAAAACAGUCCUGCCUUUUUAUUAUUUUUAAUAUCGAUAAUUUAUGAUCAUGGACACUUAUUUAUGAUCAUGGACUCUGAAGUAAGCCCGUCGGAUCAUCUACGGACCGAGCCUGGUGUUUGUUCUAAUAUAUAUAUGUGUGUGUGUGUGUCUUGAAACCGCUCAAUAGCUCUGAGCUAUAGAUGACUCACUCAGUUUGGACCAUUGCACCUCAUUGCGUCAGAAGGUUAAUGACAUGGAAGUCGGAAAUGUAUUUUUAAAAUCCAAGACUUGGCGAACAGUGCCACACACACACACACUCACCACCCUCUGACGAAUCAUUUUCUACUUCAAGCCCGCUGGCCUCUGCUACUUCAGAAGUUCAACUCUGCAUACUUGAAAUGUACUUGCAAAAUUCAGGUCUUGGAAAUAAAACCGACCAAUAAAAUGUUUUUAUUUAAAAAAAAAGACAA